CCGAAAAUCAAAACAACGUUAGACCUGAAAUCGAUCGAAACAUUAUGAUGUCGGAUGAUGAAGAUAUGUCUUACGAUGAUGAUGAAUAUCCCCCUUAUGAUGACGAUGAUGACCAAGGAGACUACGAUCUAGAGGAGGCGGAAAGUUCCCGAGGUUGGGAUGAAGACGGCGGCUCCGGCGAGCUUGUUGAAUUCAGCCUCUUGAGCGGCCGAGAUAUUCGAGCCCGUGUUGAUGCCGCAAUCUCAGAGAUUUCUAGCUUCCUUUCGGUUUCUAAUGAAGCCGCGCUUGUGCUCUUGUGUAAACAUGGCUGGAAUGUUAGCCGGAUUCACGAAGAGUGGUUUUCCGACGAGGCGAAAAUUCGGAAAUCUUCUGGGCUGACGGUGCCGGAGGAUUCUUCCGGCGGUGCAGAAGUUAGAGGUAAAGGUACAUUCUUUUGUGGGAUUUGCUUGGAGAAUUAUGUCCAUAAUAAUUCGAUAAAUUGUUCUGCUGUUACGGCCGCCUGUGGCCACGUCUAUUGCGAGAAUUGUUGGAGAACUUAUGUCAACACGGCCAUAAUUGACGGCGCCGGUUCUCUGUUUCUGAGAUGCCCUGAGCCUUCUUGCAGGGCUUCAGUUGCUGGCAUGAUCAAUUCGUUAGCUUCCGAUGAAAACAGAGGAAAAUACGAGGAUCAUGUUCUGAGAUCUUUUGUUGAAAGUAAGAAAACCAUCAAGUACUGUCCUGCCCCGGGUUGCGAAUUCGCUAUCGAAUGUUUAAUUGGAGAUGGAAGUAACUGUAAAGUCUGCGAUUACGAGGUUACUUGCAAUUGUUCGUAUCGAUUGUGUUGGAAUUGUUCGGAAGAAGCUCACAGCCCGGUGGACUGCGAAACGGUGGCCAAGUGGAUUUUGAAGAGGAACUCCGAAGCGGAAAACACAAAUUGGAUAUUAGCUAACACAAAACCUUGUCCCAAGUGCAAAAAAUGGAUCCAGAAGAACCAAGGUUGUAUGCACAUGACUUGUCCGGCACCUUGCAAAUUCGAGUUCUGUUGGUUGUGUACUGGUCCGUGGUCAGAACACGGCGAAAAAACUGGAGGAUUCUAUAGCUGCAAUGUUUACCAGGAAGCGAAGAGGAACUGCGAGUACAAUGAACAAGAAAGGAUCAGAGAAAUGGCAAAGAACUCACUGCAGAGAUACACGCAUUAUUACGAGAGAUGGAACAGUAACAGGCUCUCCAGGAAGAAGGUAAUGGCGGAUCUCGACGAAUUGCCCGCCCGGAUUCUUGAUAAACUGAGCGAUAUUCACCGCUUGACGAAGUCAGAAUUGCAGAUUAUCACUGAUGCUUGGGUUCAGGUCGCGGAAUGCAGGAGAGUUUUGAUGUGGUCAUAUGCAUAUGGCUAUUAUCUGCCGGAGAAUUAUGACCAGGCUAAGAAGAAGUUCUUCGAGUAUCUACAAGGGGAAGCAGAGUUUACCUUGGAGAAGCUCCAUAGUUUGGUUGAGGAAGAGCUGUUAAAACACACCGAAGAAGGAGCUUCUUCCGGUGAAUACCUUCGUCUCCAAAACAACGUCUUCUAUCUAACUAGAAACACUAGGGAUUACUUUCAGAACUUGGUUAGAGCAUUGGCCAAUGGCCUCCAGAGUUGAACGCUUGGGCCAUUUCGAACUCAAAACACUAGUGUUAUUGCAGUAAACAGGACGGAUCCAUUAGUUAUGCAACACCUGGUGAACGUUCCUUUACUGUGGAAAUACUCUGUAUUGUAGAAC